AUGAGGCUUUCUCCGGCUCUCCUGCUCGCCAUCAGUGGUGUAGCCGUCGCUCAAACGGCCGAGCCCAGCGACUUCGAUGUCACAGCUGCGCUGGAGGAAUACGGCGUCGAUGUAUCGGCCAUUCCACAGCUGGCUGGUCUGCAGCAGCGCUCGAUCGGGAGCGCCUGUACCGCUGCGUGCGGAUCAUUGAAGUUUCUGUAUGGGGCCAGCAGAGUGUUUGCUCAGAACACUACGACGUAUCAGAAUUUCACCUCGUCUUACUGGUCCGUGCAGCAAGAGGAGGUCGAGCCCCAUUGUGUCUUUAAGCCGGCCAAAGACACCGAUGUGUCGAUCUUGGUUCUGCUUUCGCGCCUGACCCAGUGCCCGUUCGCUGCGAAAAGCGGUGGGCAUGCUGCCUUUGCCGGGGCCUCCAGCAGCCAGGGCGGCAUCACCGUUUGGUUGAAGGACAUCAACGCCAUUACUCUGAAUUCGGACCGGUCCAUUGCCUCCGUGGGACCUGGCAACACCUGGACGGACGUGUACUCUGCGCUCGCGCCGUAUGGAUUGGCGGUCAUCGGCGGCCGAGUGUCCGAGAUUGGCGUGGGUGGUUUGACCACGGGCGGUGGUAUCUCGUACUACUCCAAUCUGUACGGUUGGGCUUCCGAUAACGUGAAAAGCUUCGAGGUUGUAACAGCUUGGGGCCAGAUCGUCACCGCUAGUGAGACCGAGCAUUCCGAUCUCUAUUGGGCGCUCCGCGGCGGCGGAAACAACUUUGGCAUCGUCACCAAGUUCAACUACUACACGAUUCCCAGCGGCAACCUCUUCGGCGGCACGCGCCUCUAUACCCAGGACAAGUUUCCCGAGGUGCUGAACGCCUUCAUCAACGUUGUCAACAACGCCUCCGUGGACGGUAAUGCCCAACAAUACGUGGCGUUCGUGAAUACGCAGGGCAUGAACCUGGCGUCCGCCGAGUUGACUUAUGUCGCCGACAACACCGAGCCCGCCAUCUUCGCGCAGUAUCGCUCCAUCCCCGCCAUCUCUGAUUCACUCUCCACCAAGACCCUGGUGGAGUACUGUGCGUCGGUGCAAAAGUCCAACCCCAACGGCCUGCGCGAGAUCUACUGGCCCAUCACCGUGCAUCUGGACGAGGACUUUGCCAACUGGGCCGUCGACUACUUCCUCUCCGUCGUGCCCCAGGUCGCCAACGUCUCGGGUAUCAACCCCGUGCUGAUCUACCAGGGCAUCACGGAGCCCAUCCUGAACAACAUGACCAAGUUCGGUGGCAACGCCUUGGGCCUCGACGCUUCGCAGGGGCCCCUGCAUCUCAUGCACAUGUCCACCUGGUGGGACGACGCUGCCGACGACGAGACCGUCUACCAGUUCGUCAGCGACUACUUUGCCGCUGUUGUCGCCAAGGCGAAGAGUCUGGGACUGUACCACGAGUACAUUUACAUGAACUACGCCAGUCAGUUCCAGGACGUGAUUUCCAGCUAUGGGUCGGCGAACAAAGCCCGCCUCCAGGCCAUCGCAUCCAAGUACGAUCCAACCGGCGUUUACCAGACCCUUCAGCCUGGGUACUUCAAGCUCGAUGGCGGCGCUCCCGUGGCGACGAAUCCGUUGUAG